CUCAACAAAGCAUUGUCUCGCAUCAUAUAAUUCACAACCAGAUGAAAUAUUUACUACCUCUUUUGCUGCUAGUAUCCCAGUCACUGGCUAGGACUGUCAAGCUGGCUAAUCGUGCUUCACUUGGCCCUAUCGGCACUAGUAACCCCAACAGUUUGACAGGAGGAACUGUCCAAACCGAUGCUCCCCCUCUAAGUUCUUUCUUCAAAGAUCUUAAAGGGCCUGUGAGUUAAUCCAUCUAUGCUUCGCGACAAACACUGGUAUGCUGACCCCAAGCAAGUAUCCAACCAACGGAUGGUGGGCUCCAUAUGCUGCGCCUCCUGGGAAGGGUACAGCAGCGGGUCCAUUUCCAUACGAAUCAUCCCUAGAUGGAUUCGGCAUUGGUUUUGGCAUUGGCCAAGAUCGCCAAUUUGACGGGACUUCCGUCAAGGUGCCGACUCAGCUAGACUGGCGGGCUUCGUUCAGUGAACAUAGCGGUGAAUUCGAUGGUCACAAAGCAAGGGCUUUUGACACUCAGACUGUUACAAUUCAGUACUUCGAGGGCAAUUCAUCUAUGAAGGCAUAUCUUGUACCAGGGUCGCCAUACAUGACCUUCCAAUACAAGUCUGCAACUCCAAGGUUGACAACGCUAAACGGGGGCAUCAAGUCGCUCAACAGUAUAGCACUGAGCGGCGGGAAUACCGUGAGCCAUCGAGGCACCAAGUUUACCGUCAUCGACACAAAGGGCACUACGUACCUAAUAUAUUCGGACAGAUCCAUCAAGCUUACCGCCGAAGCCGAGAACAAUAACCAAGGAACCCUUUCUGCAGAUGGGAAGUUCUCCGGUAUCUUGCGAAUGGUGUUGCUCAGGGAUCCCAACCAUCAGAAACUCCUGGAUGCCCAUUCAAAGGUCUACCCUAUCUCCCUGUCUCAAGACUAUUCUAUUAGUGGCGAUUCAGGCACAGUGACAUUCAAGUGGAAGACAAAGGGUACCGGCGAUUUGCUAAUGCUCACCUGGCCGCAUCACCGCGAAGUACUACAAAACCCUAACUCUCCCGGACCAUCUACUCUGAGCUAUUUGACCUUGAAGGGGUGGAUGUACCCAACGCUUGGAAACAUUUGGAGAUUGACAUACAAGUUGACCUCGAUAACUUGGAACGCCCCGCGUGACGUGGACCCCUCCUGUAAGGAAUCAGUUGUAAACGGUCUCAAGUACGAAGUCGACCAACUUGAUCCCUCCAAGGCUCCAGCGCCAAACGAGUUCUACUACUGGGGCGGAACACUCGCUGCUAAGUCCCGUCUAGCACUAAUAGCUGACCAUGUUGGAAGCAAGGAUCUCAUUGACCCAGUUAUCAAAUACCUCAAAGCCUCUUUCGACAACUGGUUUAGCGCCACCAAUAAGGCUCUCCCUGCUUAUGAGACGACUUGGGGCGGUGUUAUUAACAAAGAAGGCGCCACAAAUAUCUGGGUGGAUUUUGGCAAUGGUCACUUCAACGAUCAUCACUUUCACUACGGUUACUUCCUUCAUAUUGCUGCAGUGAUCGCCAAGUACGAUCCAAACUGGCUAAACGCGCACAGAGAAUAUGUGUCCUUUUUUGCCCGAGACAUUAUCAACCCCUCAUCGGACGAUCCCUUCUUCCCCAUCACACGCUGUCUAGAUUGGUUCGCCGGUCACUCAUGGGCAUCCGGCAUUGCCAACGGGGCUGGUAGCCGUGAUCAAGAAUCCGUCGGUGAGGCCGUCAACGGUUACUACGGCGCCAUGCUCUGGGCCACGGUAGCGCUUGGUCAGGAACACGCCAACUUUGCUCGACUCCUACUCGCUAUAGAACAGCAGGCCGCCAAGAAAUACUGGCACCUGUACCCGAGCGCUGGUAAAGAUGAUCCCAUGAACCCGUAUCCCGAGGCUAAGUUCAGGGAUCUGAUCACGGUCGGCAAUGUGAUGGACUGGCAAACGGGGGCUUGGCUGUUCUGGGGCGCUGAGAAGGUGCAGAUUGCUGCGAUUCAGAUUCUGCCUGUCACACCUGCAAACGAGGUCAUGUACGAUGCCGAGUGGGUUAGCAACGUCUUCGCCUACACGAUGCCGGAAUUGACGAACGCCUCAUAUGCUGAUUCAUGGAAAUCUGUCAUCUACGCUGCCUACUCCAACGCCAAGCCGCAAGAAGCUGCUGCUUGGAGCGCCAACCUGAGCGACUGGGGCUCUGGAAACACAUAUACGAACGAACUAUACUUCAUCAGUACGCGCCCCAAUCCCAGCGGCCAGCCUAUCUGUGGUGCCCUCCCUCAGAACCCCUACGGAGACUACAAGAUCCAAGCCACGUCAGGCAAAUACAUCGUAUGCGCAGCCAACGGCGGUCAGCUCUCUACAUCAAGCAAUUCAUCUAAUGAAGCGAGCGUCUUCUCCAGUGCCUAUGUUCCCAAUGCUGGGACCCUGCAGCUCAUUAGCAACAAGCAAUACGUGACCGCGGAUCAGUCCGGCGCCUAUUCGCUCUCGGCAGCCCGCGCGAUUGCUGAUACCUGGGAGCGGUUCAUUAUCCGUCAAAAGAUUGGCCAGAACCAGGGCGUUUAUUCUAUCAAAGCAGCUAGUAAUGGGAAGUAUGUGAGAGUUGGCGGUGAUGGGUCACUGAUCAACGAUGGUGCGGUUGAGAGCGACGCCACUGGGUUCCGGUUUAUCAAGGCCUGAGAUGGUGCUGGAUGUUUCCUUACCUAUUUUUUACAGUUUUACUAGCUCCCGGUCAUUGCCCUAUUCUUUGGUUUACUGAUUUGCGUUGUUUCUUUCACUCUCUUGAAGAAGCAUUUGGUUUCAUUCUCCGUAAAGUGGAAAACACUAUCUACUCUGAUAUAUCCUCUUUGUACAUUCUGCGGCUUGAGUCUUCUUUCAUCAAUUCAUUCCUACACAUUCUGUAUCUAGCUGCACUUCCAUCCAAUUUCUAAUUAUUGGCCAGCAAUAACAUCAUAUCAUGUCUCACUUAUCAGACUUCUUGAACAGCUUGAACAGACUUCCCCUCAAAGACAACUUCUUCGCUCCUCUCAACCUAUCCCCAAAGCUCUUCUUAACAACAGUCUCGCCCUCUUCUGCGACAUGCACUGGUAUCUCAUCCUCCCGCAACUCUUCCUCACCAGUCUGCAAAUGCUCCAUGACCCAACACACAGCCUCCCUCACAGCUUCCGGCUUCUCAAUAAUCACAUCAUGACUGACAUCCGGGAUGUGCACAUAUCGAUUAUUCCUCGAAAGCUGCAGCUGUGCCUUUUUCAACCUCUCAUCUUCCUUGUCCGUCGCGUCCAAGAGCUUCUUCUGCAUGAGCAGGGUUGGGCUGGCGAGGUUCUGCUCAGCAGCGAUGGCUUGAUCAUACUGUAGCUGUUUCCAUUUCAGAGUGUUGCCUCGAAUGACGACGAGUGGUUUGUUCCCCAAGAUCUUCUUAUCGUAUUGUCUUUGUUCGAGUUGGGCGUCUAUCGUUGGCUCUGCGCCCGUUUCAGCGAGGACUAUUCCCGCUACUUGUUGCGGUCUCGCUUCGAGGAAGAGCCGGGCGAAGGUGCCGCCGUAUGAAUGCGCGAUUAGCACAUAUUGCUUGGGCGUAUCGCUACUAUCGAGAAACUCCAACAGUUCUGAGAUAGCUAUGUCGGUUCUGACAUAUGGAUCUUGCCUAUCCCAGAGCAAGAGCUGGUACGCAGGACGAAGGAGUUCUGCUAACGCCGCCCAAGACUCACAGGAGUCGCCUGAGCCGUGGAAAAAGAUGAUCAAAGGAUACGAACUGCCCGAGUUCCCGGCUAUCUCAAACUUUGUGAUGGUAUUUUGGGUCACUUGUGCCAUUUCUUUUGUUGUUUUUGGCAUUUCAUUGAAAUGGCUGAGGUUUGACAAUCGGUGAGCGUAAGCAGAGUGGGUCAAUGCGACUCGAUGGAUUGUUGGGUUUCAUUGCUGCCUGCGACAUCACGAGGUUGAUAGCAUAUCUUCAACUCCAAAACGCUGAUGCCUGGAAACACAAUCUGUGAGCGGUGUCCAACUCAUAAAUGAACAAUCUCGGAAUUUAUUUACUCCGACACUCGUAGUCUGGAGCAGGAGGCGAAGCUCUUGCAAGUAAUGAGCACAUGGCUGGAGAACAUACAAUUCAGUUCAUAACCUUAGUACAGAGAAUAUUGGGCAAACGUAUCAAAUAAUUUCUAGUCCAUGGC